AUGUCGCUUCGAAUCCUCCUUUUGGGCAGCGGAGGAAGGGAACAUGCUCUGGCGUGGAAGCUGUCCCAAUCACCAUAUGUCGAAAACAUAUUCGUCUGUCCAGGAAAUGGGGGGACAGCAAAUCUCUCGAAAACGAUGAAUCUUGACCAUAUCUCUGCCGGUGAUUUUGCCGCACUGGUAGAGUUCUCGGUGAAGCAUCAGAUUGCCCUCGUUGUGCCAGGGCCGGAACAGCCCCUAGUCGAUGGUGUUGAAACGCACUUCAGGAAAGUGGGUAUCCCGGUAUUUGGUCCGAGCUGUUUGGCGGCUCGGAUGGAGGGGUCCAAGGCUUUCUCAAAAGACUUCAUGGAGCGACACUCCAUCCCCACCGCCAACUUCGAAGUCUUUGCCUCUCAUCAAAUAGAGCAAGCUAUCGCAUAUGUCAAGUCAUGCAACCACAAGGUCGUCCUAAAAGCCAGCGGUCUAGCUGGAGGCAAGGGUGUCCUUCUCCCGAAUUCGGUCGAGGAAGCCAUAGCUGGACUGCGGGGAAUUAUGGUCGAUAGUGCUUUUGGAUCUGCAGGGGACCUCGUUGUCGUAGAAGAGCGCCUAGAAGGACCCGAACUCUCCGUAUUAGCCAUUACCGAUGGGUACACGAUAGUGCCGCUUCCUACAGCUCAGGACCACAAACGUAUCGGCGAAGGUGACACCGGGCUUAAUACCGGUGGAAUGGGCGCCUACUCCCCUGCGCCCGUCGCCACACCUGCAGUCAUGGAGGAGAUUAUGAGCAAGGCCCUAAAACCUACCAUUGAUGGCAUGCGGAAAGAAGGCUUCCCAUUCGUGGGUGUGCUGUUCACCGGAUUCAUGCUCACUGCGUCAGGCCCGAAGGUGCUUGAGUACAAUGUCAGAUUCGGUGACCCGGAGACGGAGGCGAUCCUGCUCCUACUAAGCGAGGAUGUCGACCUGUCUUCUGCAUGCGUUGAACAUCGCCUUGACUCGGUGACACUCACAUUCAAGCCUGGAUUCGCUGUUUCGGUGAUCCUUGCUUCUCAAGGUUACCCAGGGAGUUAUGAAAAGGGCAAGACGAUCGAAAUUGCGCCCAUACAAUCACCAGACGUUGUGGUCUUCCACGCUGGAACUUCAAUAGCUGGAGAUAAACUUGUCACCUCUGGUGGCCGCGUUAUUGCUGUCUCGGCAUAUAGCCCAACCUUGCAGGGUGCUCUCGACGCAGCGUAUGCUGGUGUUGAGGCAGUUUCAUUCGAAGGGAAAACAUAUCGGCGGGAUAUCGCACAUAGCGCUCUAAGUGCGGCCAGUGGAAGCAAGCCACCCACAGCCUUGACCUAUGCUGCUGCCGGCGUAUCAGUCGACGCUGGCAACUCGUUAGUUGAGCAGAUUAAGCCCUUCGUCCGGUCCACCCGGCGUCCAGGCGCUGACGCUGAGCUUGGUGGGUUCGGGGGAGUCUUUGAUCUCAAGGCUACUGGAUUCCGAGACCCGGUCCUCGUAAGCGGCACAGACGGGGUUGGGACGAAGCUGCGCGUAGCACUGGAGGCUGACUUCCAUGAUUCCGUUGGGAUUGACCUCGUGGCAAUGUCGGUAAACGACCUAUUGGUUCAAGGAGCCGAACCGCUCUACUUCCUCGACUAUUACGCCUGCUCGAAGUUGCGUGUUGACGUCGCAGCUAGGGUGAUACAAGGUAUUGCCAAUGGCUGUUUGCAGGCUGGGUGUGCUCUGAUCGGUGGUGAGACGGCUGAGAUGCCUGGAAUGUAUGCUGGAGAUGAUUACGACUUAGCUGGGUUCGCUGUGGGUGCCGUGGAACGGGAUGAGAUCCUUCCCCGUCCCGAUGUCGCGCCUGGCGACGUCGUCCUUGGUAUCUCCUCGUCGGGCGUACACUCGAACGGCUUCUCCCUUGUCCGGAAGAUCGUGGGUCUGUCAGGGGUUACGUAUUCAUCACCGUGUCCUUGGGACAGCACUACAACUCUGGGACGUGCCCUGUUGGAACCCACUCGCAUAUAUAUCAAACAGGUGCUUCCUGCUGUCCGCUCUCGACUCAUCAAGGGCAUGUCGCAUAUCACCGGAGGCGGCUUCAUUGAAAACAUCCCAAGGGUGUUACCGAAAGGCCUGGGCUGCUAUAUUGAUGCAUCGACAUGGGAGCUCCCACCUGUAUUUCGUUUCUUGAUGAAACACGGUGCCGUGGAACCGUUGGAGAUGGCGAGGACGUUCAACAACGGUCUGGGGCUGAUCGUUAUCGUCGGCCCGAACGAUGUGGACGCAGCUAUCAGGAUAUUGCAGGAGAACGGCGAUGCGCAGGUUUACCGAGUCGGCGAGGUCAACUCGACACCCGGUGUCGAGAUGAGGAAUGUCAGUACUUGGUCGAAUUGA